GCAGGGCCAGGCCCAUCCCUCCGCGCCUCUCGCGGAGGCGGGCGUCGGGCGAGCUCCUCCCCAGGCGGCGGCGGGAGCGGCCACUCCCUGCGCGCCGAGCCGGGCCCGGGAAGGCCCUGGUCGCGCCCGGGCAGCCCUCGGCCCUCCGUGACGCCCCUCGGCUGGGCCGCCCCGCGCCUCCGGGACCAUGCUGCGCUGGCUGCGGGGCUUCGUGCUGCCCGCGGCGGCCUGCCAGGAUGCAGAGCCGCCGACGCGCUACGAGACCCUCUUCCAGAAGCUGGACCACAACCAGGACGGCGUGGUGGACAUCGGCGAGCUGCAGGAGGGGCUCAGGAACCUGGGCAUCCCCCUGGGCCAGGACGCCGAGGAGAAAAUUUUUUCUACUGGUGAUAUCAACAAAGAUGGGAAGCUGGAUUUUGAAGAAUUUAUGAAGUACCUUAAAGACCAUGAGAAAAAAAUGAAAUUGGCAUUUAAGAGUUUGGACAAAAAUAAUGAUGGAAAAAUUGAGGCUUCCGAAAUUGUCCAGUCUCUCCAGAUACUAGGUCUGACUAUUUCUGAACAACAAGCAGAGUUGAUUCUUCGAAGCAUCGAUGCUGAUGGGACGAUGACAGUAGACUGGAAUGAAUGGAGGGACUACUUCUUAUUUAAUCCUGUUACAGACAUUGAGGAAAUUAUCCGUUUCUGGAAACAUUCUACUGGUAUUGACAUAGGAGACAGUAUAACUAUUCCGGAUGAAUUCACGGAAGAUGAAAAAAAGUCGGGACAGUGGUGGAGGCAGCUCUUGGCAGGAGGUGUCGCUGGCGCCGUCUCGCGAACGAGCACUGCCCCCCUGGAUCGGCUGAAAGUCAUGAUGCAGGUCCAUGGUUCAAAAUCACACAAAAUGAACAUAUAUGAUGGCUUUCGACAGAUGGUGAAAGAAGGAGGCAUCCGCUCUCUUUGGAGAGGAAAUGGUACAAAUGUCAUUAAAAUUGCUCCUGAGACAGCUGUUAAGUUCUGGGCAUAUGAACAGUACAAGAAGCUGCUUACUGAGGAAGGACAGAAAGUAGGAACUUUUGAGAGAUUUAUUUCUGGUUCCAUGGCUGGGGCAACUGCACAGACUUUUAUUUAUCCUAUGGAGGUUUUGAAAACCAGGCUGGCUGUAGGCAAAACUGGACAAUACUCUGGAAUAUUCGAUUGUGCCAAGAAGAUUUUGAAACAUGAAGGAGUGGGAGCUUUUUACAAAGGUUAUGUUCCCAAUUUAUUAGGCAUCAUACCUUAUGCAGGUAUAGAUCUUGCUGUGUAUGAGCUCUUGAAGUCCCAUUGGCUAGAUAAUUUUGCCAAAGACUCUGUAAACCCUGGUGUCAUGGUAUUGCUGGGAUGUGGUGCCUUGUCGAGCACCUGUGGUCAGCUGGCCAGCUACCCCUUGGCUUUGGUGCGAACGCGCAUGCAGGCUCAAGCCAUGUUAGAAGGAAGCCCACAGCUGAACAUGGUUGGCCUCUUUCGACGCAUAAUUUCCAAAGAAGGAAUACCAGGACUUUACAGAGGCAUCACCCCAAACUUCAUGAAGGUGCUCCCUGCUGUAGGCAUCAGUUAUGUGGUUUAUGAAAAUAUGAAACAAACUUUAGGAGUAACUCAGAAAUGACAUGUUGAAUUUUUUGCUUUAGCAUGAUUAUUGAAAUUUUCAACAAUCUCUGGAGUGACUUUUUCUCCUAGAAUUGCAACAAGUCUAUGGCAAAAGCAGUCAUAUUUUUUUCUAAAAAGGGAAGAACCUAUCAAUGAUCAUUUCAAAUGUUUGGGCUCAAUUUUAUGUAAACAGAAAUGUUAAAAAUCAUAGUUUUGAUAAGCUUAUACAAUUUUGAGAAGGCCACAAAGUUGUAUUUUAUCUUCUCUUAUUAGUCCUUUCUACAAAUCUAUGCCCUGAAUCCUACAUCUGAAAAAUGUACUUGCUUGAAUUAAAUUUGUUUUGUGUGGUAGAAUUAUAAAUCAUUAAUCUUUAUUUUGGUUGGUUCAAAUUUAUGCUAGUUCCUUUAUACUUAAAUGUCUUUUUGUUAAAAACAAAAUGAUCAGAAAACCUUGAAAUUUAAAUUGUUUUAUAUAUUUUGAAUGUCUUUAUAGACUUCUUAAAAUUUCCUUAUAGAACGAUUAAUAGAAAAUCAUUGCGUGAAAACAUACCUUACAGCAGCCAAUAAGUAGCAUAGGGUUUAUAUCCUUAUCUUUCUUUACGCUGAAUAAGAAUGAACAUAAGUGGCAGAAUUUCAAGCCAGGAGAAUUCCGCCGUCCAUUCAUAUCAUUUUUGUGUAAGGAGGAGUGAUGAAAUAAUAUUUAUUUCAGUGGGUCCUUUUCCAUUUUCCUUGCACUGUUAUUUGGUUCCUGGGAUGACACACUGAUUGUCAGUAUAUUACUGUUAAUUUAUCAACACAAGGCAACUUAUUUGAAAGAUUCUGUUUAUUCUGUCAUUGCUUUGAGAAGCACCAGGAAACAAAACCCUUUUCUUUAUAUCAGCUUCUGAUGAGCAUCUCUCUUUUCUUUCUCCUUUGCUUCCUACUUGAAUCAGAUUCUGUUUUAAUCAGGAAAGCUUCUGGGGACCCUUCCUGGUCAUCUGAAAUUUCUUAAUUACGUGAAGUGGGUUGGUCAUGGGUGAAUAACAUUCUCAUUUCCUCCUCACUGUUGAAUUUCUUUGAACCUGCAAUUCUCAAUUUGGGCAGCACAAACUUAGGAGAGUAAUCCAUAUUCACAGUAGUGUAUAUUAAUCUUAUAUAUUAGGUACCUAUAUUUAAACGAAAGGCCCAAUUUAUAAACAUAUACAUUCAUGUUCUCUCUUGCCCCAAGUUUUAGGAACAUGUUAUGAUAUAGAAAACUUAAUUUAUAAUAUUGAUAACGUGUUUUCGUUUUACUAAGGCCAUUUUUGUAGUCAGCUAUCUUUUCUGAUUUAACUAUUUUUCUAAUUAAGUGAUUAGGACUUAGAAAAACAUUUGUUAGUUGAAGUUAUUCUUGUCAAUUUUUAAUUUAGUUCCUAAACUCAUGUUUGAUUUCUACUAAUUUCUGAUAUAAAUUGCCAACAUUUUAAUGAAAAUCUAGUGACAUAAUAGGCAUUUACGUUAUUUGAACCUACCUCUUAUAUUUCCGGAACCAAAGAGAAAUGUUGAACUUGUGUUUGUGAAACAUAUUCUAAAGGUAGUUUUCAUUGUAUUAGUUUUGCCUGAUAAAUGUCUCAGUGUUUUUAUAAUACAUCUGACAAGCAUGGGACUCGACUUUAUCUUCAGGGUUGUUUGUACUUUUGAGUAAUACAUAAAAGACAAUAUUAAGGUACAUGAUUAGCUCUCUUUUUUUACUGGUAAAAAUUAUGGAAUGAAUAACUGAAAUUUCAAGCUACUGAAAAAUAGUCAUUGUUCAUUAUCAAUUUAAAUUGUCUGCUAUUUAACGUUUGUAAGGUAUGAAUGUGAUUUAUCUGUGCAUCUUGUAUCUUUUGAAAAAAUGAUCUUGUAUCUUUUGAAAAGAGCCCAGAGUUGCAGAUAGUUUAUGUCUGGCAUUACGGCGUGCUUACUUUCCAUUUAUGUUAAAAAAAAUAUGUAUUUGUUUUUAAA